GUAAUAUCUACCUGCAAGUAAUAUCUAACAUGAUCGGGAGUUAAAUCAGAUCGGGACUUAAACCUUCUAUUUGUAAAAAUGAAAAUGAUACUUUCACGUUUUCUUUUGGUUUGUUUAUUUCUAACUCAAACUGAUUCUGAACCAGUUUGUUCUAAGUUUGCUUACGAAGAACAACUCCUGGAGAAAAUGGUUAGAGUAGAAUUUAAUGUAGGACAAAUGGAAAAAGAAAUAAAGAACACCAACAACCUCGUUCUGGAAUCUUUACAGCAGCUGAAGCAAAACUGGGAGAAAGUAGCCAAGGAAUCCGAAGCACUGAAAACUGACGUCAGAAGAGUGUUAAAUGCAAAUGAAGAGAAGGUGUCCAAAGAAAUCGAUGAUUUAAGGGCAGAAAUGGCGAACGCGUUGAAAGAAAACAGUGACACGGCAGCGAAAUGUGAAGCGUCCAUGUUUGUACCAAAUGUUGCAUUUAAAGCCAGAAGUCCUUCCUCACUUGACCCAGUAGAAAACGAGGUGAUUGUGUUCACCAAGAACAUUGUAAACAUUGGAAACGCCUAUGACAACACCACAGGGAUAUUUACAGCUCCGAUAGAUGGAACUUAUCUAUUCACAAGCCAGCUUUGUCUUGUGGCGGGAACUUACCUCACAUUUGGUAUUUAUAUCGAAGAUAUGCUCUAUACUGUCGGAAGAUUCUACGAAAAAGACGUUAAUAUUUGUUUUAAUUUGGAAACAACGGCUGUCAUGAAAGCUAACCAGACGGCGUCAGUAAAAAGCUGGUCUGCCGCCAAGGGAAACGUGUUGUAUGAACAAGAUAACCAUCGAUGGAAUUUGUUUUCUGGAACUUUGAUUCACAAGUAAAUCGAUUUCACGAAACUAAUAUCAGUGAAUAUUGCUGCAUAAUUGUAUAAUGAUCAGUAACGUAUGAAAGUUUUAAACCGUUUAGUAUUUUACAUCGCCAUUUAGCAAAACAAGAUUGAACCAUUAUUUAUGAAGAAAAUAAAUAAGUUUGAAUUUCCAAAUUAACGUUUCUCUGAAGUUCUGACGCUGAAAAUAAGGACGGAAAUUGAAUUGGCAAAUUUUAGAAAUGUUUUAGGAAUACUGAGCACUCUCCAACAUUGUUAUUGA